GGCGGGGCCCGGCGCUGCGGGGCCAUGGCGGCCGCGGGCUCCGCUGCGGAGGCGCGUCCCGAGGGGCAGGAGCCUCUGCUGGGGUCCGCAGAGGCGGCGGCGGAUGAGGACGAGGAGGGGGAGAGCAGAGAUGUUGUUGAAACACAGGAGCAUUAUAAGAGUAGAUGGCGAUCCAUCUGGAUCAUGUACCUGACAAUGUUUCUCAGUAGUGUAGGUUUCUCAAUUGUAAUUAUGUCUGUGUGGCCGUAUCUCCAAAAGAUUGAUCCGACAGCGGAUGCGAGUUUCUUGGGCUGGAUUAUAGCUUCAUACAGCAUUGGCCAAAUGGUUGCCUCUCCCCUGUUUGGCUUGUGGUCCAACUACAGGCCCAGGAGAGAACCUCUGGUCAUUUCCACUGCUAUUUCAGUAGCUGCAAAUUGUCUCUAUGCCUACGUCCAUGUGCCCCAUUCCCAUAACAAGUACUAUAUGCUGACUGCACGUGCUCUCGUGGGGUUUGGAGCAGGAAAUGUGGCUGUAGUUCGAUCGUAUAUUGCGGGUGCCACUUCUCUGACGGAAAGAACGAGUGCCAUGGCCAAUACCAGUGCCUGCCAAGCAGUUGGCUUCAUAUUAGGGCCAGUUUUUCAGACAUGUUUUACACUUAUUGGAGAAGAAGGAGUAACAUGGAAAUUCCUUUGUCUUCAGCUGAACAUGUACACAGCACCAGUUUUAUUUGGAGCUCUCUUAGGAGUUAUUAAUAUUAUUCUCAUCUUCGCCAUAUUCAGGGAGCACCGAGUGGAUGACAUGGGACGCCAGUACAAUAGUAUCAAUUCUGAUGGAGAAGGAAGUGAUGUUCUGGAUCAGAACACAGAAGGAAGCAUUGACCACGUUGCUGUGGUAGCACUCAACGUUCUCUUCUUUGUCAUCUUGUUUGUGUUUGCUGUCUUUGAAACUAUAGCUACUCCACUGACGAUGGACAUGUAUUCCUGGACCAGGAAAGAAGCUGUUUUUUAUAAUGGAAUAAUCCUCAGUGUGAUUGGCAUUGAAUCAGUUAUUGUUUUCAUGGUGGUUAAAAUACUAUCAAAAAAGACUGGUGAGCGUGCCAUACUCCAUGCAGGCUUACUGAUUGUCUUGAUUGGAUUCUUUAUCUUACUGCCUUGGGGGAAGAAACUACCAAAUAUCCAGUGGCAAGAAAUAAAGAACAACUCCAUUCCCAGAACAGCCCCCACUGAAAUGUUAAUGCCUUUCUGGAGUUUGCAAGAGAUGCAGCUGCCAUCCAACCACACAGGAGAACCUGUGGGCUGCCCUGUCACACAGUCCUGGUGCCUGAAUACUCCCGUGAUCUACCUGGCCCAGUACCUCAGCUCUGAUGUGCUCAUAGGGUUGGGCUAUCCAGUUUGUAAUGUCAUGUCCUACACUUUAUACUCAAAAGUGCUGGGACCAAAGCCUCAGGGUGUCUACAUGGGAUGGCUGACUGCCUCUGGAAGUGGAGCACGGAUCCUUGGGCCUGUUUUUGUCAGCCAAAUCUACACUCACCUGGGGCCACGCUGGGCAUUCAGCUUGAUCUGUGGAGUAGUUGUAGCCUCUCUCUUACUCUUGGAGAUAGUAUACAAGAGACUAAUUGCAUUUUCUGUCAGAUAUGGGAGGAUGCAGGAAGAGAAUUGUUAAAUACGUAUUUAAAAAAAAAAAACAAACAGAAAAACCAACCAGAAGUAAUACUUAGUUUAUUACUGCUUUUUAAUGAGGAGUACCUAACCACUGACCUUGCUGGCUGUGUGCCAAUGACUGUACACCUUUACUUACACAUUGACAGAACACUUAACUUGGUCAUACCCUAAUACCUGGUCACCCCUGCUGCAACUGAGCUUUUGUGUUCUGUGUUUCUAGCAGCAGAGGAAGGAAUUUGACAGGUUAGAGCGAUACAAUGGCACAUUUGAAGUGUGUACAGUUUAAAUGGUGCAUGUGUGCACUGAAUGCAGCUGUGAAGGUCACAGGUUACGUGCAUCCUUUCCAGAAAGAAGAAAAAUAUUAUCUUGAUUCUGUGAAUCAGGAUUGGUAACUGUUUUGUAACUACAAGAUUAGUUGAGCUGCAUGCACUUUGUACGGAGACACCACUACUUGAGCAAACCUUCUGAUGUUGGGUUUGUUGGCUUGUAAGCACUGAUUAAUACAGACCAUCUGGUUCUGGAACCUGUUAUGUCUCCUCCAGGAUUUCAAAUGACAGGUGACAGAAGCAUAGAGGAAGGUAGGUACCCUCCACACAGGUAGUUGGUGUGGGAUUUGGGCCUUUAAAUUGAUCAAGAGCCACUGAAAAUCAGUCUCAGCAGCUGUUACUUGAACUACAGUGAACCAUAUGUGCAAUUUUCCUCUCCUGUUUUGCUGAAUGCCUUUUUGCAGCAAGAGAGAUAACCUGCACAGAGUUGAAAUAUGCACAGCUUUUCUUAACUACAAGAGAAAAGUCCAAGACCGAUAGUUUACACUUUUGUGCUCGGUGAGAAUGAAUGCACUGUGCUGAGCAGAGGUGGUAAUUAAGUGAAAGGAAAAAACUGGCUCCUUGGCAUUCACUGUUACCUGCAGACUUCUAUUUUUUCUGGUAUUAGGGUACGAUAAACAGGAAUUUACACUUAGUCAUUCAGACUUUGUUUUAAGAAGUGAGAUUGUAAUUUUCCUUCAUAAUGGGGCCUAAGCUCAUCCAUACGGGUUUCUUUAACUGUUUUAAUGCUGCUGGGAAAAAAACCUCUGGAAUAACUCCAGUUUGAGAGUUGUGGCUGCUGUUUAAUGUCCCUACUAUUCGAUGCUUAUUGAAUUUAAUAAAUGUAAUUGUGGAUUCCUACGUACUCACUUGUUCAAACACUAAGAGACUACUGAAUUAAAAGAUGAUUUUUUCAAUACUGA